AUGUCCGACGGACUGAGGCGGUCCACGAGGCCUCGUAAACCCACAUUUACAUACAUUGCGGACUCCUACAACAGCGCCAGCGAUGAUGAUUUAGAACAACCGGUCAUCAAUGACGACUCCGACGGGUCCGAUUACCUCGCAGAUAAUGCCGACGGUGCCUCCAUCCAUGAUGAUGACGAGCUGAACACGGAUGAAGAGGCUCGCCCUGCGAAGAGAGCCAAGCUAGAUGACACGGACGACGAGGACAUUGUUGGGGGCGAUCUUGAGAUUGGCUCCAACAGCGAUGAAGCUGAGGCUCAGUUGGAUAUUCCUGCACGGGGUACAAAGCCAAAGCCAAGAGCGAGGAAGACCAAGGCUUCUGUUGACGAUGACCAUAACCCGAGGUCAUUUGCACGAGAACCUCAACCAUACAAAUUCUCGUACGAGAAUCCCUUGGAUUUCGACAGCAAACCUCUGAAGACGAUAUCGGAGUUUUUUGUAGAUUUAGCAGACCAGCUAAAGACGAAAUUUGGCGCAGAUCUCUCCAAAUUCUGCGGUAAAUUUAACAAAAAGCCUCUCAAUGUGGUCACAUUAUGCUCCGGCACUGAGGCACCCAUACUUGCCAUGGGCUUGGUCCAAAAGACGCUCGAGGCGAAAUAUGGCUCCGACAGUACAUUUGUCUUCAACCAUCAAGCAAGCGCUGAGAUCCACCCUGCCAAAGCAGGGUAUAUCGAGGCAAAUUUCUCAUGCAACGCUAUCUUUCGCGAUAUCAUUGAAAUCUCACUGCUGCAGAAAGAUAAUGUACCGAAACCUCAUUACCUCACAACUAUGUAUGGCGGGAAAGCUCCUAUUCCAAUUGAUACCGACAUUAUCAUUGCGGGCUUUGCUUGCGAUGACUUCUCCUCUCUGAACAAUGUUCCAAAAGCGUUGGAAGACAAGGGUGAGUCUGGCGACACUUUUUAUGCCGUCAAGGCAUAUCUUGAGUUGUACCAUCCGAAGAUCGUGAUCCUUGAGAAUGUCAUGAAAGCUCCUUGGACCGAUGAGAAGGCUGCAAAUUGGAAAGGCAAGAAAGGCCAGAAGAGCAUUCCCUGGCACUUGGACAGCGCAGGUUAUGAUUCCAUCUACCUCAAGAUGGAUACCAAAAAUCACUACAUUCCACACACUCGGAACCGAGGCUAUAUGAUCGGCAUUUGGCGAGACAGCCUCCCUCACGGCGCAAGCUGGCCCGCCUUGGAAAAGAAAUGCCGAGACACAAUCGAGGCACUGGAGCGUACGGCGACGGUCCCUUUGGAGGCACUGCUCUUUGCUAGCGACGAUCCUCGUCUCGAGGUGCUCGAUCAGGAGCGUAAGACAGAUACGAAGAGCACUCCAUGGAACAAAUGCAAGGUCGGUCACUAUGAUUACACCGGUGAGCAUGGCCUUGGUGAUCGACACCCAAUUACGAAUUGGAAGUCCGAUGGAUCGAAGGAGUUGCCUGACUGGCAUCGCCCCAUGCCCGGCAUGACAGAACGAGUUGCAGACUCAAUCGAUGUCGCGCACCGACGCAAUCUGGUUCGCGGAUUCGACGAUAGGGAGUACAAUCGACAGCUUGAAUUAUCGCAAAACGUGUUCCGCGUUGAGGAUUCCGCACGAAACGGCGUGCAGCAAUGUUUGACACCUACGAACAUUGCGUUCUCUACCGCCCAAGGUCGUCGAAUUACCGCCGCAGAAGCCGCUAUUGUACAAGGAAUUGACGCUGACCUUGUCGAAACCUCAAAAUUGUCUGAACAGCUCCUGACAGAUAUGUGCGGCAAUGCGAUGUCUUCAACAGUUGUUGGGACGGUUAUUUUUGCUGCUCUCUUAACUUUCCAAGAUAUUUUCAAUUUGGAAUCUCGGCAAGAAGCACCCGUUGAGCAGCAACUUCGCCCUUACAGCAACAAAGGCUUGAAUAAGGUUGAGUCUAACUCGAGCCAUUACACUCCCGCCUCUGUAGCAUCCACCCAAGCUGCGGCGCAGUCAACAGUCAGAUUGUGUUUCUGCGAGGGUCGAAUCAAGACUGAAACAACUACGACCUUCUUGAAAUGCCGACUCUGCGGGCACACAGCAUGCAGCAAGUGUGGAAAGAAUCCCAAACACGACUACGAGCCCUUCAAGGCCGAAUUCAUCAACGCACGAACUAGUCCCGUUCAAUUUGAAGAGUUCAUCAAAGACUCCGUUCCUAAGGAGAUCGACUUGGGCUCUCUUCACUCUGAGGCAGUCGACUCUUUCCUCUCCGAACUUUCCAAAGCCAUUCCAGAAGGGUUUGACCAGGGCUCAUGGAAUGAUGUGAUCUCCAAGAUCGAUACUGCAUUGAGAUCGACGGUUUACCAUCGCGCCAUCAGACGAGCGGAGUCGUGGACUCUUACCUUCGACUCCCCAACUGCCAUUCUCAAGUUGGUUAUCUCUGGUGGAAGAGUCGAAUGGCAAUUGUUUGCAAACGCUAAAGAUCUGCCUCUUGGAAGUGCGGCUGGGAAGUACCUUCGUCGGUUCCCAAUUGCUCGCAUGGUCCCAGAGGGCAAGGACAUCAUCCAGGGCCCAUGGGGGUUUUGGCUUCCUCUGAAGAAGAGCUUUGUGGCUACCGUAACUUCAAGCGGACCUCUGGUGCCCACAUACCUCAACACCGCGGGCCUGGUACAUGGCAAUCACACUUAUAACCAUCAAUUUGUCAAGAUCGAGUUUGCCGCUUCAGUUGAUACAAGAUAUCUUAGCGAGAGAUUGGAAGGUGUUUACGUCGCUUCUCCGCAGUGUGGUCGGGCUUUCAAUACACUCCAUGUUCAACAAAGGAGAGAACCUGGAAAGAAGCAGCUUGGCUUUUUCUUCGAUCACGAGCUUCAAACCGGAAACCCGGCACAUCACACCUAUAAAUUCGCCACCACUUUCCACCGACUCGACUGGGGAGAAUAUGUCGACGCCAUUGCCGAGUUUCCAUCAUCCUGGCGUCAGCCAAUUAUUCGGUGUGUCGAGAGUGACGACUCGACCAUUCGUGUCGAAGGCACAAACAUUCUCGUUGGAGAUUAUGUUGGCAGCGUCAUCGACCAAGUUGACAUCAUAUCCCAUGGUCGAUUUGUGACUCUCCACGAUCGGGAACUCGCCCUUUCCGGAUCCGAAUUUAUUUAUCACAAAUUGCCCGCCAAAGUCUCUCGACAGAACCUCACUUGCGAGACUGACUUGCCUGUCUUCAUUUGCGAAGGAAGAAUCAACUACGAAACCACUUGUCUCCUCCCGAAGAAUCGCUGGAUUCUGGUUGACAGAAAGGUUGGAUCAGCCUUUUGGCGCGAGUUCCUUUGGACCUUGGAAAAGGAACUUCGGAUUGGUGGUUAUUCCGAGCACAAUUCUACUUGGAAUUUCUGGUCCAAUGCCGAAGGUAAAUGUCACUUAUGCACUCCAGAUGUUCCAGCACUUCUCUGGGUCCUGAAAAAGGGAAAGUAUAUCCCAUACGAGCACCCAGAGCAAGCCUCUCAAUGGGAGAAGGAACAAAAAUCUCGGCCAGCGCCCAUGAAGGUUCUCUUCCGGAUCGAUGAUUCUGGAAAAAUUGGCUUCCAAAUUUCCCUGAAUCCUGCCACCUUGAUGCACCGAGCAAAGGCUCGACUCCCCGGCAAUGGUGGCCCUCGCGAUGUCAAGAUGUCUUUCCGGUUAGUUACCGAUCACGGCCGAAAGAAGAAGCCCGUCUUCAAACCCUUGAUCCUGCUCAACAAUGGCGAUGUAGAGAUGGCCAAGCAACCUUUCUCCCAGUUCACACUUCGGGACGAGCAGCGCAAAGUGCUCACGUGGAUGCUGGAGAAGGAAAAUAAAGGCACAACUUUCACAGAAGAAGAAGUUGUCGAGAGUACGGUCAAUGAGAUUGGUUACCGCGCCGAAGGACGCGCCACUCGAGAGAUUCUUCGUCAUGGAGGUAUCCUUGCGCAAGAGGUGGGAUUCGGCAAAACCGUCGUGAUGCUCGCUUUGAUCACCGAGCAGCGAGCAGCUGAGGCCAAGAAGCGAAAGGUCGUUAAAACCCCUCCCAACACCCCCGGCGCGAUCCCAACGGAGGCCACUCUGAUCCUUAUGCCCUCGCAUCUCGUCAAUCAGUGGCGCAGUGAAGUGGAGAAGUUCCUUCCUCCCGAGUUCAGGAAGAAGGUCAUUAUUGUUGAGUCUGGCAAAGCUGUCAAGUUUUCGAAAUUAACCAUUCAAGACAUAAUCGACGCAGAUAUCAUAAUUGUUGCAUGGGGCAAUACCAUCAAGCCACCUUACCUGAAGAUAUUGGCAAAUCUUGCCGGACUCGUUGAGCCCUCCAAGACGGGCACUGGAGAGCGAGCCUUUGAGGUUUGGUAUCAAGCUGCAGUUGCCAGAGUCCAGAGCAACAUCGACUUCCUGCGAACCCUUGACAACCCGAAGGAUUUCGUUGUACACCUCGAAAACCAAUGGAAGUCUAGCAGGGAUGAAGCUUCUUCCGUGGACGUUAGGGUGCCUUCUAAGCAUGUCACUGGAGCAUCUUAUGUUAACUCUGACAAGCGCUCGUCAAUGAAGGAUGAUUCUAAGAAGAGAAAACGAGAUGUUCCGGAUCAACAGACGGAACAGUUCAGCCACACGAUACAUUUCGCCGAUGAAGAUUGGAAGUCCAUGACUAACGCCAUUCUCGAGAUGUUCGUUUUCAAGCGACUUAUUAUCGAUGAACUCACUUACCGUUCAGGUUGGGUCAACAGCACCUUGAGAAAUUUGCAGGCGCGAAACCUUUGGAUGUUGACAGGCACGCCAGCGAAGGGUGGCCACAGCGAUAUCAAGAAUUUGGCGGAACUUCUCCGAAUUCAUCUCGGAGUUGAUGAUUUCACUGGCCUGAGAAGCGAUCUGUUCACUAAGAAGACCAGCGAUUUGACGAGUGGGUUACUUCUCUGCCUUGGAAGGGAACGUGCUAACAGCCAAACAGAAGCUGAAUUGUUCAUGAUAUUUCAAGAGGCCCCCUCACCUGCGUGGCGUGAACGUAGACACGAAUUUGCCCAAAUUUUCCUGGAUAACUUCUGCCGGAAGGACCUUGCCGAUAUGUCAAAAAUAAAGGUUGAGACAUCUAUAUGCCUUGUCGACUUUUCGGCUUCUGAACGAGCAAUCUACCUCGAACUUUUGCAGUUCCUUGCUGCGACUGAUUUCGUCUACAAGCGAGGAAAGUCCGCAAAGGGCGACAGAGAUGACCAGAUCCAGCAAGUCGUUUCGAAAUCUGGCGACGGAAAGCCAGCUCUCUUCUUGAGGGCUUCUCAUUUUACCUUUCUCGGCGCCCAAAACACAGAACAGCUUUGUGACAUGAUCGUGGCUCGUCGUCGCAAUCAAGUUCAAGACGCUCUCGAUGAAUUUGAGCUGCAUCUCAAAAAAACUUAUUGGCUACAUAGACAAGAGCCCGGCUGUAAGAGAUUCCAUAACUUCAAAUCUCGAGUAGUGUCUCGCAAGCUCGGAGACUUACAGGUCUGCCAAAGUCUCGAAAAAUCCCUUGCAGACGCUGCCAAGAACUACCACAAGGAGCAUUGGAGACAGUUCUAUCGAGAGCCAGGCACGGAUGUUAGGAAGUUCGACAACCCUUUGCCAGAGUAUCCGGAAGGCAAGAACAAAACUCACGGCGUGUAUAACGUCACGCGGAUGGAGUUCGAGCUGCGGACUUGGAUUACGAAGCUCAACAACGAUAUUGAGGAAAUUAUAAACCAAAAGCGAGCUCUUCGGUUUUUCCGCAAUAUCCUCUCCCUUCAACGCAUCACCAACUUCGUUUGCGCGCACUGUGGCACUUCCGGCCUGAAGCCUGCCGACGUCAAGGUGAUGGGCCAAUGUGGGCAUCUCUUGGGACUCGAAUGCUGUGAAGACAAUGACUGCCCAGUCGCUGGUUGCUCCGCUUACAACCGGGACUAUCAGAAGCUCAAUGGAUUUAGUCUUGUUCAAUCCUCAUCGCAGUGGUGUUCCGAGCACGGCUCUAAGAUUGACGCAAUCAUCAAGAAGAUCCAAUGGAUCAUUGAUGUCAAAGAUGAGAAAGCAUUGAUCUUUGCUCAAUGGACUCAGUCCACUAACAAGCUCGAGGAGGCUCUUGUUGCCGCGAAAAUCCCGUUUUCGGAUUUGAGGAAGGAGCAAACAUCUUCAAAGAUCCUUCAGCAUUUCCAGAAUGGCACUCCGACCGCUGUAGGUGGAAAGGUUGCGAAGGUUCUGAUCAUGAACAUUGGGGACGCAAACGCUUCUGGGAGCAAUUUAACGAUGGCAAACCAUGUCAUUUUCAUGCAACCGUAUUACACCGCCGGCGAGAAUGCUCAAGAGAACUACGACGCUGCGAUCACGCAAGCCACCGGCCGAGCUCGUCGUUGGGGACAAGAGAAGCUAGUGCAUGUCUACCACUUCCUCACUGUCAAUACAAUUGACGUGGACUACUACGAGGCCAGAAACAACGUUACCAUCACCCGUAAGGCUGAUGAUCCUUCUCAAGGUGAUGGCGAGGACCUUAAGGUUAGAACAGGCUGGGAGACUAAACUUGGCACUCAUUUUGCUAGGUUGAUGCGCUUCGAUGGCGAAAAGCGAAAGCAUCACUGA